AUGAUAAUAUAUAUUGUUUUUAUUAUGAGCGUUAUUUUUGUAAUUAGUCUUGUGGGAGUUUCUUCGAAACCUUCACCUAUUUAUGGGGGCUUAGGGUUGAUUGUGAGUGGUGCUAUAGGGUGUGGAAUUGUUUUUAGUUUUGGGGGUUCGUUUUUAGGUUUAAUAGUGUUUUUAAUUUAUUUGGGAGGGAUGGUGGUUGUAUUUGGUUAUACAGCAGCUAUGGCCACUGAACAAUAUCCUGAGGCUUGGGUCUCUAAUAAAGUUGUGUUAGGGGGCUUUCUUUUGGGUUUAGUUGUGGAGUUUUUAGUGGUGUUGUAUAUUUUAUGAGGUGAAAAAACAAGUUUUGUGUUUGAGUUUAAUGGGUUGGGGGAUUGAGUUGUUUAUGAUGUAGGAGAGUCUGGGGUUUUUAGUGAGGAGAUUACAGGGAUUGCUGCUUUGUACAGUUAUGGUACUUGGUUAGUUGUUGUUACUGGCUGAUCAUUGUUUAUUGGUGUUGUGGUUAUUAUAGAGAUUACUCGAGGUAGUUAA